CUUCAAUCCCCGCUUCCGGAUUCUAAUAAGGUCUCCUCCUUCCGGCGAGGCGGCGCCGCCAUCGGAGGCGGCACCGUUCUCGAGCAGCCACCUCCCUCGGGCGAGGAGAGCGGCAUCGUAAUCGCCGGCUUCCUGUUUGCUUCGUCUUCCAAUAAAGUUCCCACCUUAUACCUUUUCCCCCUGGAUAUUUUCCGAUUCCGAUCGCCGGUUUCUCUUGUUCCGGGGUUCUCGAUUCGUGGUCAAAGGUCGGAUUUUUAGGGAUGUCGGACAAGUCGUGGCCCGGAGGAGGCGAGGCGGAGACGCGGACGGAGGUCAUCUCGGCGGCGUGCGCGUGCUGCGGGCUGACGGAGGACUGCACGCCGGAGUACGUCGAGUCGGUCCGGGAGCGGUUCGGCGGGCGUUGGGUGUGCGGUCUCUGCGGCGAGGCGGUCGAGGACGAAAUCGGCCGCGCCGGGAGGUGGAUCUCCACCGAGGAGGCGCUCAGCCGCCACAUGAGCUUCUCCGAGAGCUUCCGCGCCGCCGGUCCGCCUGUCGACACCGCGGAGCCCAUGAUCGCCGCCAUGCGUCAGCUCCUCCGCCGGAGCCUCGACUCGCCGCGGGCCACGCCGAGCAGCCCUCGCCGGGAUGUGGAAGAGGGCGGCGGCACCCCCAGCCGCCGGUCACUCGCGCGGCAGAGCAGCUACCUCUCCACAGCGGCCCGGUGAAGCUCCGCCACCGCAAAUAAAACACGAAGGUGAGCGAAGGUAAGCGUAAGAAGGAGUCGCCGGAACCCAAGCUUCAACCUUUGUACUCAAAUAAGACUAGCCAUUGUUUAGCAACCAUUUUGCUUCUUAAUCAACUUUCGCAAGAAAUAAAUGAAUCAAUAUUCAGAUCAAAAAAAUUUAUAAAAAAAGAAAGAAAUUUUGACCA